UAUGAUAUGUUAUCAUACAUGAACAGAACAAAAUCAACACCAAAAUCACGAGAAAAAAUGCUCUUCAACGUCAAGUCGCGAACUAAAGUCACAAUUUUUGAAUUAUACGUAAGAUGUAGUAUUUUGUCAAUCAUGAUCCUCCUGCUAUGGAUAGCAUUUUGCUGGAACCAAUCAGUAGCACAAGAACGAGUAGGGUUACCUGAAGAUUACGAAUCUCCCGAAGUAAAACUACGAAAUGCGAGUUUAAAGUCGUUUGAACAGCUGGCUGAUGGUUAUGUCAGAGCCAAAGGUUGCAUAAAUCCGGAAUGGAAAACCAUUUGCAAGGUGGAAUACCCAGGAGGUCACAAGAUCACAGAAGAACGUAGAUUAGAACUGCGACACAUACAGAGUGCUCCUAAAGUCACUUGGCCUCAUAAGACAACUACAUUGUAUGUUUUAGCAUUUCUACACAUAUAUAACGCAUACGAUGUCGAAAAAUGUUUCGAUCAACGAAUUCUGUGGCUUGUGGGUAAUAUUCCAGGAAACGAUAUUGGCAGCGGGGAUGUCCUCGUUAAUUAUACUGCUCCAAAUGAACCAGAAGAUAUGGAUGGACCUGAUUCAUUCAUGUUCGUCGUUUACAAACAAAACUCUUACAAAUAUUUCAAACAAACGUUUAAAAGGGAAAAAGAUCCUCGAAAACUCUUCCUGAUUGAAACUUUCGCCGAACAUUACGAUUUAGGAUUUCCAAUCCAUGGAAAUUGUUUCCGUCUGAAAUGGGAUGAAAACUCUCCGCCGAAGACUCAUUUGUAUGAAGAGUACUCCGAAUCAAUGAGUAAGCUACCUUAAAUUCGUCAAUUUCAAAUGAUAUUUGUACGUAAAUUGGCCAAUCGAAUGUUUCCAAUUGAAUAAUCAGCUAUGGUUUUUCUGAAGUAAUUUCUUUUCCUCGAUCACCAAAAAUUUUCAAUCCUCAAAACAUUAAAAAAAAACGUAAAAUGAUGAAUACCUAUUUUUAGAAAAAAUGUUUGUAAUCAAUUAAAAUUUUCAAAUAGGUACCUGGCUAUUUCAAUUUUUUACAUCAAUCUUCUCAAACUAAGUACUUAUUAAGAAGUCAUUCAUACCUACCUAAUUGUUAAUUAAUUGAUUUGUAUCGAAUUACAUAACAAAAAUUGUUGAUUUUUUUCAAUUGUAAAACUCUGUAACUCAUUCAAAACAUAGGUAUAAAUUCGACUGUGGAGCAGGAUUUUUU